AACGGACGUUAAUCGAACGAUCCAGCCUACAGGGGGAAAACGAACGAUGCUUAUCCGGGUUAGAAGCAGAUAAGUGGCGACCCUUGACCCCUCCACCCUAAUGACCUGCAUGACUCCAUUCUGUGAAACGUCCAUUCAUACGAUUCACCGAAAGUAUACAUCCCGACCGUGUAUCCCUCGUAGAUGUUAGUUUAGUGCCGCGCGUUCCGCUCGACGUUAUACUGCAACGAAUAUUACAGUCGCAGGAAGUUCGUCGGAAUAUUUCUUCAAGCGGGACUAUAAUCUCCACAGUGUCAUUGAAAUAAUAAGAAUAUCAGUAAUUAGUCGUACAGUACUACUCGGCGCUAAUGAUCGUCCCGCAGAACGAAACGAAUCAGUGAAACGAUGAGUCCGAUGAAAUUGGUCUGUGUUUUGCUAUCCAUUUCCUGUGUGAAUCAUGUCGUGGAAUCCGCGACUGCAAAUGACGACAAAGCGGUAAAAUUGGCGGAGGGUGAGAAGCGUCUCGGGGAUCAAAUAAUGGCGAUAUUGAAACACUAUCAACAAGAGGAUCCCGUGGGGCUCCCAGGAGCCCCUAUACCGGACCCGAUGCCAGUGCCCAACAUGCAGCACUCCUUCUCCAUGUACCGAAUGGAUUUUUCCGAAAUCCAAGUUUACGGAUUGUCCAAAUUCCGGAUCAACCACAUCAGAUCGGAUCUGGCCAUGAUGCAGGUUUCUGUUGCCUUGAACAUAGAAACUUUGAACAUACGUGGCUGGUACAAGCUUUCGUCCUGGCUAUCGAGUUCGGCAGGUAAUUUCACGGUGAAAUUAACCGGAGUGGAAGUUCAGGGUAUAGCGAGACUCGGUGUCGGACAGAACGGGAAACUGAACGCGGAGGACAUAGACAUGGAUCUGACGUUCGUCACGAUCGACAUGGACUUUCAAAACCUCGGUUUCUUGGCGUCCGUUUUUCAGGGCGUCAUAAACUCCGUGGGCACCUUCAUAUUCGACAGUAUAAAACCGUUCAUACUCAAGGAAGUCAACACUAAUGUCAGGGGCGAAGUGAACAAACAAAUAUCGCAGCUCCCCCAGUAUUUCCCGAAUUCGAUAUCGCCCUUCGACAUGGCGGUGGCGGAGGCAAGAAAUCAGGUGUCCCGCAUGGGAUACGAUCCCUUCAAGCUCAAGGACUACACCCAGAGCGUCGGUAUAUUCACCGUGACCACGUCCCACACCUGGAUAACGGGACUCUCCAGUUUUUACAGGAUGGGUAACAUCACCCUUACCAUGGAAAAUGGAAAGGUGUACGCCGGGGUGGACGUCGGGACGCAGGAGAUCGAGGGCAGGACGCACUGGGACGUGAGCCUGAUAGGUGGCGUCAUUUCCAGGGCUGGUACGGUGUCGUUCACCGUCGAAUACGCGAGGGUUGAAUUGACGUUGAGUCAGCCGUUGGAUACCAGGAAAAGGGCGACCCUCGAGGAACUGGAUUUGGAGCUGGGAAACAUACAGGCGCGAGUUCACGGCGCCGGAACAAUCGAUUACAUAAUGGAAGCGGGAGUCAACGUGCUGCCGAACUUGCUCAGGUACCAAAUAAUGGACGCUAUCGAAGGGCCGAUAAAGCGUCGGCUUCAGAACGAACUGGACAAAGUCGACGUUGAGAAAUUGAUAUACGACAAGUUGCCGGAAAUCGAGGAACAGGCGAGGCAACUACAGGGACUGCCACCGGCCGAGGAAACGAUACUGGAGGAGCCCAGGCAGAAGUUGAACUACGAGGAUCUGGGACCGUUCUCCGAGAGCGAGGAGGAACGCGGACCCUCUUGAUCACUCUGUACGAGACCUCUGCGAACUUGACACCGGACUUGGUAAUUAAUUUUUUUCUUGAUAAUUGGAAUCGAUCGUACGCCAUUUGUAUGUUUUUUUUCACCAUUUGGUUUUUCGUUUGCACCUUUUUGGAACGAAGUACAAUCGAUCCAAAUUAGAAGAAAAAAAAUUUUAUUUCCGAGUCGGGUGCCAAGUCCACAGAGGUCUGCACGAGUCCACCCUUAAUUAAGCAGUAAAUAUUUUGUCGUUAUAAGAAUUUAUUUAAAACAGAGACAGACAUAUUCGAUGUAUCGAGGAUACGCAGAAGCCAAUAUUGAUCUUUUUCCAUGUCCAACCAUUUUGCUCGAGAAUAUCGCAGCGCCUUUAUAAUACAUAAAAGAAGUAGUGAGAAAACAAA